UGUGAAGCGAUCAGCCGGUUCUUCCGUUUCAGAGGACUUCCGUGUUUACAUGUCUGCAGCAGGCACUGAUCCCUCAUGGCUUUCAUUACGAAGAAGGAUCGCAGCAAAGAACGAUUUUCGCUGCUGCUGCUGGAUCUGGAGGAACAUUAUUUUGAACAGCACACUGCAUAUAAUCUGACCGGAAGAGGUCCGGAGGCAAACAGACGAACUAGUGGCUCGCUAAAAAUCUGUUCCAAAUCAAUCAUUUUUGAACCUGAUGAUGCUGUUAAGCCUAUUUUAAAGAUUCUUCUGAAAGACUGCAAAGGAAUAGGAGCAGUGGAGGAAACGGCCCACAACCCAUUCAUAGAAAGUAAACCUGCCUGUAUUCUUAUAGAAACCAAGCAGAUUUAUCUAAUUAAAGAAGAAAAUGUGGUUGCUCCAUAUAAAUAUGAAAGGGGAGAGAAAAAGGUCACAUUCCAAUUGGAGGUGCCGGGAAAAACAGAGGAUGUUGUUCAGAUGUUAUUACAGUUACACAGAGCAUCCUGUCUGGAUAAGCAGGGUGACCAGACAGCAAUGGUUGCAGCUAUACUGCAGUCCAGGUUAGCAAGAACAUGUUUUGAUAAAAACAGUUUUCAGCAUGUAACAGAAAACCCACACAUGGAGUGUGUGGCAGAAAUGGUUUCUCCUUUGGUGACAAACGCUGGUCACGUUUGCAUCACUGAUUGCAAUCUUUACUUCCAGCCUAUGAACAGCUAUCCUGAUUUAGUGGUGCAGAUUGGGUUACAUAGUGUAAGACGCAUCUACAAACGGAGACAUGGGUUGAGACCUUUGGGCCUUGAGGUGUUCUGCACAGAGAAUGAUCUGUGCUCGGAUAUCUACCUGAUGUUCUACAGUACUAAAGAAAGAGAUGAGCUUUACUACUACAUUGCAACUUUCCUUGAAAACCAUAUAGCGGAGUGCACAGCGGAGAGCUACAUGCUGCAGUGGCAGAGAGGUUACAUCUCCAACUAUCAGUACCUACUUCAUCUAAACAAUUUAGCAGACCGCAGUGUGAAUGACCUAUCCCAGUAUCCAGUGUUCCCCUGGGUCAUCAGUGACUACAGCAGCACACAGAUGGAUUUGCUGAACCCGGCUUCAUUUCGAGAUCUCAGUAAACCAAUUGGAGCUUUGAACACCGAGAGACUGGAGAGAUUAUUGGAACGCUACAGAGACAUGCCUGAGACUCGUUUUAUGUAUGGCAGUCAUUAUUCAUCACCUGGAUAUGUGCUUUUCUACCUUGUCAGAGUUGCUCCAGAGCACAUGCUUUGCCUACAGAAUGGACGAUUUGAUCAGGCAGACAGAAUGUUCAACAGUGUUGGUGAGACGUGGAAGAAUUGUUUAGAGGGAGGCACAGAUUUCAAAGAGCUGAUUCCUGAGUUCUAUGGAAGUGAUAGCAGUUUUCUGAAGAAUCUGCUUGGUUUGAAUCUGGGCAGGAGGCAGGGAGGAGGCAGAGUUGAAAAUGUUGAACUUCCUCAUUGGGCAUCAGAUCCAGAUGACUUCUUGGAGAAAAUGCGUUUAGCACUGGAGAGUCAGUAUGUGUCUGAACACCUGCACGAGUGGAUUGAUCUGAUUUUUGGCUACAAACAGAGGGGAAGUGAAGCUGUGGCUGCCCAUAAUGUUUUCCAUCCAUUAACAUAUGAGGGAGGAGUUGACUGCGAUAGUAUUGAGGACCCAGAUCAGAAAAUAGCCAUGCUAACUCAGAUAUUGGAGUUUGGACAAACGCCACGACAACUCUUUGUCACUCCUCAUCCUCAGAGGAUCACUCCACGCUUCCACAACCUGUCAGGAACCCCCAGCCUCAGCAGCAGUGAGCUCUCACCAUCGUCUCCAAGUAUGGAAUCAUUUGAGGACCUGACUGAGGAGAGUAAGAAAAUGGCCUGGAGCAACAUGAACAAGCUUGCAUCGCAGUCUCGCCACAAAAUACACAAAGAAGCAGUAACGGGCAUUGCUGUGACCCUCAGUGGGGAUUCCAUCUUCUCAACUUCUCAAGACUCCACAUUGAAGAUGUUCUCGAAAGAAAAUGGACUGCAAAGAAGUAUGUCCUUCUCGAACAUGGCACUGUCCUCCUGUCUGAUGCUGCCUGAUGAUAAGAUUGUGGUAUGCUCCUCCUGGGACAACAACGUAUAUUUUUACUCAAUAGCAUAUGGAAGAAGACAAGACACUUUGAUGGGUCAUGAUGAUGCAGUUAGUCAUAUUUGCUGGAGGGAUGACAAACUUUACACAGCAUCUUGGGAUUCUACUGUGAAGAUUUGGAAAUGUGUAGCAGAUGACAUCUCCAGUAAUAAAAGGACUCAGUUUGACCUGCUUGCUGAAUUUGAACAUGAGGCCGGGGUAAAUACUUUAGAUCUCAGCCCAGCUGGCACACUUUUGGCAACGGGUACUAAAGAAGGAACACUUACUCUUUGGGACAUUGCCAACCCUCUCCCACUAAAUCAACUGACCUGCCAUUCUGGAAAGAUUCAUCAGGUGGCCUUCAGUCCUGACAGCAGACAUGUACUGAGUGUUGGGGAGGACUCGUGUUUGGUGGUUACAGAUGUGCAGACAGGCAUGCUCCUCGCUACUGUACAUGCAGAGCAAGAGCAGAGGUGUUUCUGCUGGGAUGGUAACACUGUGUUGUCUGGAGGGAUGUCAGGAGAUCUCAAUGUAUGGGACCUCCUUAGCAGUAAAGUCAUCCACAAGAUACCUGCUCACUCAGGUGCAGUCACGUGUAUGUGGAUGAAUGGACAAUGCAGUACUAUCAUCACGGGCGGUGUGGACAAACAGAUCAUUCUUUGGAAACCGGAGUAUUAACAGUAACACUUCAAUAAUGUUCGAUAAAACAAUUCAGCCAUUUUUCAGACCAAAAAGGUCCAUUUUCACCAUGUGAUUUCAUGGGACAAUUUGAACAGUACUGAAAUCCUCUAAAAUAGAAAUCUUGACAAUGUGUUUGAUAUAUUUGGGCAAAGUUUUAUGAUAAGGUUGGUUAUACAGAUUGCAGGGUUUUAAAAACUGUAAGCACCGUGUAGUUUUACAUUAUUAUUUAGCGGGUUUUGUUUUUUAAGAUCUGAACGCUAGCUCUGUUUGGUAACUGGAAUGUUACCAAAAGAUAUGGAUGUCCUAUUUGGCUAAGUGAUUUUUUUUCUUUCUUUUAAUUUUAUACAUGUAUAACAUU